GCGGGCCGCGCCCGGCCUGCUGCCCUCGGAACGGCGCCGGGCGAGGGGGGGAGGGCACGCGGGGCUCCGGGGCUGCCCGUGUCGGUCGGAGCGCUCCCGUACAGCGCGGCGUGCGAGGACGGGGGGAAACCGCCGCUGUUCUGAGCGCAGGCGGCGCUUCACCGAGGAACAACCGCCCCCUCCGUGCCGCCCGGCCCGGCGCCGCCCUCCGCUCCCCUCACGGCCGCGCCUUCCCGCCUUGCGCCGCCCCGCCGCCAUGGCAACCGCGCUCCUCCCGCCGCCAUGGCGGAGCCGCAGGCCGGGCCGGUUUCUUCGUCGCCAGUGGUGGCGGGACCGUCAAAACCCCAUCCUAAAAGAGGCUGUCAUCAAGGAGCAACUCCUGGAGUCCAAUGGGAGGUGUGAAUAUGCUGUCUAUGUUCAAGCUUUGAUAUUUCGCUUGGAGGGGAAAAUUCAAGAAUCUCUUGAACUGUUUCAGACAUGUUCCAUUCUGAACCCUCGAAGUGCUGACAACCUCAAGCAGGUGGCGCGAUCACUGUUUCUUCUGGGGAAACACAAAGCUGCCAUUGAAGUGUACAAUGAAGCAGCUAAACUUGAUGAAAAGGACUGGGAGAUCAGCCACAACCUGGGUGUGUGCUACAUGUACCUGAAACACUUCAACAAGGCACGAGACCAGCUAAACAAUGCCCUGGAGAUGAACAGACACGAUCUGACUUACAUGAUGCUGGGAAAAAUUCACCUCUUGGAAGGGGAGACUGAGAAAGCCAUUGAAGUCUAUAAGAAAGCAGUAGAAUUUUCUCCAGAAAAUACAGACCUCCUUACAAAACUGGGGUUAAUUUACCUGCAGCUUGGUGAUUACCAGAAGGCUUUUGAACACCUUGGAAAGGCGCUCACUUACGACCAGGGCAACUACAAGGCUACGUUGGCAGCUGGCAGCAUGAUGCAGGCCCAUGGGGAUUAUGAUGUUGCCCUCUCCAAAUACAGGGCAGUGGCCAGCAGCAUGCCUGAAAGCCCUCCCCUGUGGAACAACAUUGGGAUGUGCUUCUUUGGCAAGAAGAAAUAUGUUGCCGCUAUCAGUUGCUUGAAGCGGGCAAACUACUUGGCUCCUUUUGACUGGAAGAUUCUGUACAAUCUGGGCUUAGUCCACCUCACACUGAAGCAGUACGCGUCUGCUUUCCACUUCCUCAGUGCUGCCAUCAACUUCCAGCCCAAGAUGGGGGAGCUGUAUAUGCUCCUUGCAGUUGCUCUGACAAACCUUGAAGACAUUGAGAAUGCAAAACGUUCCUACGAGCAAGCUGUGGCACUGGACAAGUGCAAUCCCCUUCUCAACCUGAACUAUGCUGUGCUGCUGUAUAACCACGGGGACAAGAAGGGGGCCCUCUGCCAGUACCAGGAGAUGGAGAGGAAGGUCACUGCACUGAAGGAGAGCAACAGUCUUGAUUUUGACCCCGAGAUGGUGGAGGUUGCCCAGAAGAUGGGAACUGCCCUGCAGGUCGGAGAGAGCCAAGUCUGGACGAAACCUGCUAAGGAGUCUAAAUCCAAGCAGCGAAGCACACCAUCAGGGAAGUCUGCCAACACGCAGCAGCCGUUGGGCUCCAACCAGGCCUUGGGUCAAGCCAUGUCCUCAGCUGCCAGCUAUGGGAAAAGCAUGCAACUUCCACCAGGUGCCGGAGCAUCAGCUUCCCUUGCAAAGCCUCCCUCGCUGCCCCUGGAACCAGAGCCAGGCUCAGAGCUGAGCCCAGAGGAGACCUCAGCGCCAGCAGAGGCCGAGGAGCAGCGGCAGCAGAAUCACAAGAGUCGUCAGGCAGCAGAAUAGGAUGGGCUCGAGGCAGUGGGGGCAGGCGUGGGAAAUUCCAGUGCUGCCUGACCUGUGGGGCAGGGGACCUGUCCUCCUGACCCGGAGAGGCUUCACCCCGCUGUCAGUUAGUGUAGAUGCGGCAUUUCUGUCAGUGAUUUUAGCGUGAGGUCUCUGCCUUGUCCCAGGAGUCACGGCAGCAGUCAGAAGAGGACGCUUCAUAGUUACUGUGAGUGCAGUCACACCUCACUUCCUCAGUUGGGAGGACGGCGGCUCUGCAGGGAGAGUGCAGCAGCACAGAAGGCAGCCAGCCCUACAUUCCAAAUUCUUUGCUGAGAAACAGGGUGAAUGAGGCUCAGCAGAGCCCCGUGCUCCUGUGAUUCGAGUUCUUCCUUUAGAAUUAGUAUUGCCCAACGUGGGGGAAAGGUUGGUUUGCAGGGAAGAAAUGAAGAUCUUUUCUGAGAAGCCUUGCCAUGCUCAGCUUCAGUGCUGAAUUUGUUUUAGUAAAGCAGCAGCCACGUUCUGAAGGACAGAGUUAUGGCCUCUUGUGAGAGACUUUGAGGAGAUUCAGUUCUGCGAGCUGCAAGAAGGCAAAGCGGCCCCAUGGUGAGCAGAGCAAAGAAUCUUAAUGCCCCUGUGCUACUGAGAUGUUUGGGAAGUGUUUGUAUCCUCAAAGAUUAAAAUCUGAGCCUUCCUUUCUCCGCUCCUGUCAGUUUUCUUGCAUUUGGAUUUAUCCAGAGCGUGAUGCAGGCCUUCAAAACAACUGUGCUGGGGAACUAAGCUGGGCCCGUCAUGCUUUACAUAAGGAACCAGUAACUGGGUUAAGUAAGCGUGGUUUUCACCCUCUGCAUACAGAGAACUGUGCUGCUGUGGGACUUGGGAUUUCACUUUUCCAAGCAGUUCAGCACUUUCUGCCCAAAGAAGCUGUAUCUUCAGGAGGGCUCAGCUCAUCUGCUAAUUAGGCUGAUGAGCUUUUAAAAAUACAGCUUCUGUUUCAUAAUCAACACGUGCGGUGGGAUGAGGUUUGUGAUGGAAAGCUCUCUGCAGCAGCCUGUAAAACAGCAUGACCCUGGAUAAGUUAACAUCCUCCAGCAGUGCUUUCUGGCUGGCUGCUUUUACCCAGAGCAAUGGUAGUGUGUUUUUGGGGUGCAGCAGGGACCCGAAGUGCUGCCCUGCCCCCCAGGGGCCACUAAAAGUGGGAUCCCUUUGCUUUGUUUUGACUGACAGAACUGCCUGCUCACCUCAAAUGUGGCUUUUUGUUUCAUCCAUCCUCUGCUGGUUGGUUCUCUGUCAGUCCAUCCCUGCAGCAGCACUCCUGUAAUGCUUUCCUUGUGCUAGGAGCAAAAGGAAACAGAGGUUUUGUGCAGCAGCCGCCAGUUGAAACAAACCAGACAAACUGCAGUGUAAUUUAGGUACAAUGCGGCCUUUUUAUUUGCUUUUAACUUUUUAUUCUGCAGAUUACUGCAGUGUAAGGGGAGGCCAAGAGUGUGGAGCAGGGGUGGGCUGGGAAUGCUCUCUAGCCCCUAAAACCUUUGUUCAGUUUGUAUUUUUCUGUACCCAUUGCUUGUCAUUGUUUGGGCUCACUGUAAUGUGUGUCAGGUUUGGGAAGUUCCAGUACAAGGAGCAGCGGGCGGAACAGAGCGGUCACAGCAUUGCUGAUACAGGCAGCUUUACCCUCCAGAUAUUUGUUGUAAGCAGGGUAAGGUAACUUCAGGACUGAGGCAUUAAGGAACUGCUGUGUGGGAGCAGCCUCAUCCCACAGGUGGCUGUGGGAACCAGGACCACUGCUUUCAGAGUAUGGCCUCCAUGUGAGGCUCUUUGCUCACCCGGCCCCACCUGUACCAACUGUUCCCUUUAGGCUGCUGGGAGCUCUUUCAGGGCAGGUGCUAUGCAUUACUCCAUGGGCUCUGCUGCUUAGGGAGGCACAGUAAAGGUGUUCAAAAUGUUCCUUCAAAGGUACAAAGCUUUAUGCAGCUGAUUAACUCUUCUGUGAAAAAGAACAGUAGCACCAUGGUACUCUUUGGAUUUGAAGGGAGCAAAAGGGAGCGUCAUGUCUGAGGAAGUGUUUUUAAAUAUGUAAUUAUGUUGGAUAAUAAAUAUGACUGCAGUC